CGACCAAAAGUACACCCAGCCAGCGGCAUGUGAUGCAAGUGUCAUCGAAAGGCAUCUCGUAAUCACGUACUGUACACCUGGUCGCAUUUGCGAUUGAAUUUGGAGGUGAUUGUGAUUCAAAUUGGAAGGCGAAUGCGAUGCGCAGAAGAACGUCUUACGACAGCCGGCAUUUAAUACAAAAACACUCACGUCACAUCACAGCAUGAAGCAUCUCGUCCUCAUCGGGGCGUGCUACGUCGACACAGUCCUCAGCAUACCUCACUUCCCAGAAGAGGACCUGAAGCUACGAGCCACGAGCAUCCGCGUACGCAGGGGCGGCAACUGCCCUAACACAAUGGAAGUCCUCCAGCAACUCCUCCGCGCAGAGCACCUCCCGCAUUCACAAACCGAGCCCCUGACGAUGCACCUCGUCUCGCCCCUGCCGGAACGUCAAUCUCAGGCAACGGCGCAGAUCAUGGCCUCGUUCCCGCCAGCGCCAUGUACCACCGCCGUCGCCGCCGCCAACGCCGCGGAGAUCACAUUUGAUCACUGCCUGUUCCGCAAAGGCCACCAGGCGCCGGCGAGCAGUUACAUUUUCCGCAGCGAGGCGACCGGCAGCCGGACAAUUGUAAACCAUAAUGACCUGCCCGACAUGACGACGGACGAGUUCCUCAACGUUGUCGAGGCGUUCCGCGGCAAAGGCGACCGGACGUGGUGGCACUUUGAGGGACGGGUUCCGGAGACGACACUGAGUUGCAUCCUGGCUCUUCGACGGGCCCUGGGCGACGACGCGGUGACAGUCAGCGUCGAAGUCGAAAGGCCGGGCAGGGCGGGGUUGAGAGAGCUCGCUGCUGAGGCGGACGUGGUUUUCUACUCCAAGAGCUGGGCCGAGGCCUGCGGGUAUACGUCCGCUGACGAUUGCCUGAGGAAAGAGUCGCUGUCGUUACCGCGGACAUCGUUGGCCAUGGUUACGUGGGGUGCCGAGGGAGCAUGGUGCAUAUCACCCAAGGACCGGCAGCUGGUCAAAAGCCCAGUCGAGACGCCGGUGAAGCAGGUCGUCGACUCAGUAGGGGCGGGCGACACGUUCGUUGCGGGCAUGCUGUACGGACUGAUCUGCCAGGCCGACACUUGGGACGUGACGCACAAGUUGGGCUUCGCGGUUGCACUCGCCACGCUCAAAGUCCAGCGAGAGGGGUUUGAUGGACUGGGAAACGACAUUCGUAUGAAUAUGCAAAGGUCGCGCUGACGGUGGGCCAUCCGUCAGGCGUUGAAACUGUCGCCGUGGGCACUCCGGGUCGUAGCCCCGUGCCCCCCCGGUGCCGUAGAUGGAUGCUUCGGCGGGUGGGACGAGUGCCCGCCAAUCGUCAGGUAAGCCAGGCCAAGAGGCCGUAUUUUGCCCGCCAGCGGACCGAUGGAGCACCCGUCGGCGGUCGCGCCUGUUCCGAAGCUGUGCGAGAGUGAAAGGUUGUCAGACCCUCUAACAAGUAUGGCUCUGUGGGGAACAAGAGGCGGUGUACAUGGUGGGCAAGGCUCAAGCGAGGAGGCAACCUGUUACGAGGGAGGGGACUCGGCAGUACACUAAUAGUGCAGUUGGACAUCCGCAAAGGCCGGGACGCGUUGGCGCCGCUCGUUGUUGUUAGUGGAAGGGUGACAGGCCGGGCCAACAUGCAUUCAUGCGCCGCCGAUGCUUCGAUGCAGCUUGAAGAUGGCGCACCUCACGCGGGGCCUGCGACGGCGAACAAGGCUGCAUGUGGCCUGCUGCAGCUGAUAGUGGCAUGCCGCAUGGCCCCCAGACCUAAUCGGAGACUAAUACUGCGCAGGCAAAAACGGGGAGAAGUAAUUUGGGCCGUUGCUACAGUACCUCUGUGUGUACGUCCUCACAUGCCGGCCAGCGAAGUUUGUCGCGAGAAUUUCGUCCCCUUUGUAUGGAUCUACUACAGCGAGACCGUGUGGGUGACUGAACAUACAUACAGAUGGACCAAGUAACCUUGUAGGGGAGGAGGGCUGGGGACAGAGAAUUGUCACAUUUUUCUGAAAUCGGUUGCGGAGCCAGAGCCUGGAAAUGAGGCAGAGAACAAGACGAAAAAAAACUCUUCCCACGACGUUGGACCUCUCACGAGAGAGAAUGGAUAGGCGAUUGUUGAUACAGCAAGUGGGGACCACGGCCUGUUUGUCGAUCUGCGGCGAUUCAAGAGCCUUGUUUGUUGUGCUCUUCCUGAAGUUCCUCGAAAGUAGUCAGUGGAGUCGCCUCUAUUUCUCGUGUUUCCAUACCACGGGUCUCGAGAAGAGAUGGGAAAGUCGAAGUAUCCGUAGUAGAGUAUGGCCGGGUUCGUACGGAUGCACAACGCAUAUGGCCCCGAGUCUUCGUCGUUGACCCUGACAUUGUGGUGCCGAAUGGUGCCGUAUGAGAGUCAAUAUCAACAGCGGGGCUGCAAAUCUUUGCGGUCGUCACGGUCAACAAAUCAUGACGUUCCCCUUCUUGCAGGCCCGAAGACUCAAGUGCGUCGGGCGGGUUCGGUCCAUCCCAUCAUCAUCAUCAAGCUAGGCCUGCGCCUAUCUUUAUCUUUGCUCCUCGGCUACGGCGAAAAUGUUCUCGAGCACCCAAGGGUGACGGACUGCUGCGACUUGCGCUUCGUUCUGGGAAUGUUGGCGUUGAUACAUGGAUCGGGGUGCCGAGCAAAACUUCGAGUAUCUCGGGAAAUGCAGAAGUACGCUGACGAGGGCGGAUUACAGUCAAGCGUCGUAGUAAAGUUACUCGCGAGUGAGUCCGCAUUGCUUAGACCAGUGGCCCCUGACGGAAGGAAGCGGGUUUGUCUGGAUGUUCGUUCGUUUGACAGCUUUGGGAUGAAGUUGAGCGGGCGGUGGGCGGUGCCUGGUGGCAAAACCUUGGAUCGUCCAGAAUGAUGUAGCGAUUUCCGCCCACAGACCAACGGUAGCAGGGGCUUUUGCCGACUUUGAGACCACGGUACCAGAGACUGGGAGCAGGGACAGGCGUGCUGGCACAGUCAGGCUUCUGCAGCUUCAGGAAUAAGCCCGCUGGGCCUAACGGAGCUGAGCAGUCGAAAGCUUCUGUGACCGCAUCUGUAAGACCGGGCAGACAGUCUGCAUGUCGCCUUUCUCAGGGGCUGGUUGUGCUGUGUAGGGGGGAAACAUCGCACCACUGUUCCCAUUCUCAAGGGUAGAGGAAAGCAAGCACUGCAUGGCAGAUUGUCUGACCGAGGGGCCGAAGGGGGCGUCCCUGUAAUCGACGUCGGAUAUGUGGUCAAGGACGGGCUUUCUCACAGAGUGGUAG